UUCUCAUCUCUUACACAUAACCAAACUAUAUAUUAAGAAAAAAAAUCCACAAAGUUGACAGUAAAACAAGUUCAUAUUGAUUAUUAUCAACAGAGAAGAAAGGAUCAGCUGAAAUGGGGCGUUGGGUGAGACCUGAGUAGGUCCACCAAAAUCUUAGUCUGAUUUGACUAAAACAUCUGUGUGACCUCUUGCUGUGGCCGAAAGGAUACCUCUUUUUAGAGCUAGGGCUUCUCCUUGUAGGGCUGAAGCAACAAAGAGUUCUGUUGCCAUUUCCUUGAAGCUUAGCGACCCCUGGAUACGUCCCACUAUACCAAUUCCGCACGUCAACGAGUCUUCUCUCCACGCUGCGUCCGUCUCAAUGGUCAAGAGGUUGUCUUUCAAUGGUUUACCCUCUUCUUGGAGCGAUGGGAUUUGUGACAUCUAUGGUUGUGUUUCAACUCACAAGAAACGCAUUGUUUAACCCUGACUGCAGAAUUAAUAAAGCUCAUAGAAAAAUGGGAAUUCUAGAAAAUGAAGAAGAAGGAGAAAAAUAUGCACAACACAAUCUUCGCAAGUAUCUGAGGACCCGUCCACCUCAAGUUAUGCCUUCUCUCAACCGUUUCUUCUCUGAAGAGGACAAUUAAAGUCCAUUUACCUUCGUGUUAUUUCUUAUUGUCAAUAAUUCAACAAAAUUGAACUGUUCGUGCAAAUGGUUUGAUAUGUAUCGUGAUAAUUUUCGGAUUCUUGUUUAUAUUUUUUCUCUAAAUUAAAAAUUGAACAUGUGUUCAGUUUGUCAUACUAGUUUGAGAUAUUUGGAAUAAAAAUAUGUGAAAAAACUUCCGACCA